AUGGCAGAUGAAGCAUACAAUAUANAAGAGUCUAAGGAAUCAAAAGAAAAGAUUUUAUAAUUAGAAUCUAAGGUUUAGAAAUUGGAGGAAUAAGAUUCUUACUAAUUAGAAGAAGAAUUAAAUUUAUUAAAGAAACCAGAGAACUUUCAAUCAUUUUUAUAUUACAAAUCCUUAUUUUGGCGCUUAUAUAAUUAUUUACAUGCUAUGUAAUUAAUGUCAACUAAUCUAUUUACAAUAAACAGAGAUGCUAUGGUAGAAAGCAAUUCUGAGAAAGUGGCUGACUUUCUAAAAACUAUGUCAAGUACUGGUUCAUUUAUAAUGGGAUCUGUACCAAUUAUUGGAACAACAUUCAAUGCUAUAAAUGCAGCAUUAGAUUAUAUGGUUGAAAAAGCAAAAGAAAAUAAAUUUCAAAUUAGAAUGUAAGCACUAACCAAAAUUUAAUAAAAAUUUUUUGUUUCUCCUUCCGAAUAAGAGAGAGAAAUUCAAUUUGCAGCUAUUGCUCUUGCAAAAAAGCAAAAACCCCAUAAUAAUGAUGACUGUGAAUAAGGAGCAUUAAAUCCUUAUAUUGUUAAACUAUCAAUUCUUGAGAGUAAUUAUGAGACAAACUCUGAAUCUGAAUAUUGGAAAAGAGGAAUAUAGGAUUCUUUGAGAAUCUUAAGAUAUUUAGAAUCAAAUAGUGAUGCAAUUUUAACAUAACAAGAUUCCAAAAAGUUUAGAAUUGUAAUUUAAGAUGCAAUUCAACCCAAUAAAAAAUAAGCAAUGGAUGAAAAGAAAAAUAAUAGUCAUAAUACUGAAAGAGUAGAUUCAAGCUGUUGUUAACUUAUUUGA